GGACAAGAUAGCCAGCGAGUUACUUUUGGUGCAGGUGGCUCUCUGGCAUCCCGACUCCGAACAUUGUUCUGGAUAGCGGUCGGAAACUUUGUCUUUCCCGUUAUCUUCAAUAUUGCGCUUACAACCGUCAUCUUCGUGGACCCUCAGUAUACGACUCUCACGGGCAACCUUUUCAUCACGGACUACUAUCUUUCAAUUAUUGGUGUCGUCUUUGCAACUCUUUGGAGCACGAGCACGGCCAUCAAGAAGGACGAGUCUAUUCCGUUGACUUGGCAGCUUGGGCAGCUACCAGAGACCGCUUCUGCCUCUACAAAGCAUUCUAACGCGGAUCGCGCCGGCCUCGAGCCUCCCAGCGAGGAGCUAUUGCAGUACGCGCCAGACAAAACGUACAACUCAAGCUGGUCAGACAUUGAGAGACCAAAAUCGCGAAGGGAAGCGGUUCCACCAACAGUGCUCGUCCAGGUGGGGCAGCCGCAACAGUGA